AUUGACGCAAAACGCUCUCUUUCAUUCCCCUGCCACUCUCUAUCGCGCGCGCAUUACACCGAUCCACCAAACGCGUGCCUAUCGACGACGUGGACACAUCACGUACCCAUCCCGACUUCCUCUGGUGGUGCUGGCCAUCACACAUAGCAGCAGCUCUAUUCUGGCCGGACGUAGAAGAGGGCGGCAAGGACCACGGACCGUUAAUUGGUAAAAAUUAUCACCUCCGCGACGGAUCACAUUUAGUCGGAGCACAAAAGGUUCAGAAACAAAAGGAUUCUCGACAGAUUCGAGCAUGGCACCCGUGGCAAUGAGCGCGAGCCUCUUUGGUGGGGCCUCGUCGAAGAGGGGAAAGGGUUCUUCCCAACCACCAACGGCUGGCGAAGAAAAGAUGGCAGUUGGCAGGCGACCAUCCGAGGCGAUGGCCUCAAGCAGCAUCGAGACGGUGCUCGGCUCCAGCCACCGCGAAGACGGGCCGCCGUGGUCAAGAACAAAGGGUGCCGCUGCCGCUGCCGCAUCAAGAGUGUCGCGACCUGGUCUCAUGGACAGGUCUGCACCAAUGUCGUAUUCGUCGACAUCUGCGACGUCGUCUUCCUCUCCUCGGCUCUCCUCCUCUUCACAGCACACAUACGGAGGUCAAACCGGAGAAGGAGACGAUUCACAAGCGGAAGUGUACCUCGAGUCGGAUCAGGAAUCAGACAGCGCGAGUAGCGGUGUUGCAGGGCCCGAAGAGUACGUCGUCGCGCUCCACGAUUUCACCUCGAACAACGCGACUUGCCUUUCCUUUGCCAGCGGCCAGGUCAUCAAGGUCUUCAACAGGGACUCCUCGGGCUGGUGGGACGGCGAGCUUGACGGCGAGCGAGGGUGGUUUCCCAGCAAUUACGUCGAUGAAGGCAACAUUGCCAUGGGAAGUCCCUCCAACCGGUCCGUUUCUCUGUCUGGCGACAGCCCGCGGCAGAGCUUCGACGGUAGCAGCGCAUACGACAAUGAUGGUACGCUGCAGGCACAUAUUUUCUCGUCCGCCGCCUCAAUUGCCCCUUCAGCUGCCCCUUCGACGGCCACAGUCACGUCGCACUCGUCUUCGUCGCACAAGACGUUGAGUGCGCGCUCCGGACACCUGCGACCCUCGCGCUCGCCGACGCCGACGACGAAUAACUACCAGCGAGGCACGGCUGGCGGCUCCUCGUCUUCGUCCUCUUCCUCUUCGUCGAGCGUCUUGGAUCCCAUUCUGCAUGCCAUUUCUCUCCUGCACAAUGCCGUGCGGGCCAACCGCAUCGCCCACUUCCAACCGUCGACAGCCUGCGUCAUCUCUUCGGUGCGCUCGGUCCUCUCGGCCACCGAUUGCCUCACGCGAGAGACAACGGUGCUCAAGGCGCACCCUGUUCUGGCAAAGGAGCGCAAGCUCAUCCUCUCGGAGCUCAGCAGGCUCGUCACGCAGGCCCGCACCGCUUCGACGCCGACGCCCGAUGAGGCGCAACGGAUCGUUGAGAUGGAUGAGAUGCUGAAGCUGGCCGACUGCGUUCUCAAAAACGUCCGUCGGUUCCUCGAUGUUGCCGUCGAGUGCGGCGUCUCCGUGCCCGACCGCCGCUCCUCGGUCUACGACGAUCUGUAUGCCGAUGGUGGCGCGAGCAGGCGUCAUGCUUCGCAUGCCUCACCUCCUCCCGACCGCUCCGAGCAAGACAAGACGCCCACGCCACAAUCACCCCGCAGCUCGGCAUACCUGACCGCAUACACCUCGGGUCAGAUGUCGCCGAGAAGCUCGCGAAGCUACUUUUCCGCCGCACGCAACUCGAGCUAUCCUGUGCCCGAAGAGGAAGAGGACGACGACGACGACGACGAGGACCUGGCCGAUGAAGACGAAGAAGAAAAAGACGGUCGAGGAAGCGAGCGGCAGCACAUGACUCAGGCCGCACGAAUAAAGGCCGAAGCUCAGGCUCGACACCGUCCAACAAAUGGAAGCGCUGUCAAUAGCGGUUUGCCGCACGCGUCAACAUCGUCGACGUCGCUCUCGUCUCUGAUCUUUUCGACGAGCUCGCACGACUGUAACCCAGAGGAGGUGUUGGAACGCCUCAACGCAACGAAUGAUCAGCUGCUGUCCAUCAUUGCGGCCUUUAUUGGCCACAUCCACAGCCACAGCCGCGACAGCCACGCUUCGAGCUUCGCCCAUCUCAUUGACAUGACGAGAGAGAUCGUCGACGGCGUCCGCGCCCUUCUUGUUAUCGUCGAGGCCGUGCACGACUCAGAAACGCUCAAAGCGGACAUGCCCCGCCCCAUGGCCAUCCUCAAGGACACGCGCGAGAGUCUGUAUGAGGCCACUACCGCUCUCGUCACGGCCGCUCGCAUCGUUACCUCGGCACCAGGCCAGAGUGCAACGGUGGACGAGGACGAAAAGGAAAAAUUGCUCAACACCGCAACUUCAGUGCUCCGAACCGGGGGCGAAUGCGUUGGCGCCGUUCGACUCUGUCUGAACAAGGCCGACACAAUGAUGUUGCUGACACUUCCACCGCUCAUGCCGGCUCACCAACACCCGUCUCAGCGAAGCGUCAAUGGUUCUUCCACCAGCCUUAGCAACGAGGGCGAUGAGGACGAAGACGAAGAUGGCUACAACGAUGACGACGAUUAUGACAGUGCAGAUGUUGAUGCAAUGGAGCAUAACAUGGACGACUACAGCGUUGCCGAUCGAGCCACGAACGGCGUACGUAGGGGCAAGCAUACACUCUCCUUCUUGGGUCGCAAAGCCACGAGCCUGAGCUGCCUGCGCGAGAAGUACGAACAAGACAGUGCACAAUCUGCUGGACACUUUGACCAGAUCGAUGAGGACGACGACGCCAACGAUGAGACUUACCCCGAUACCACGCUUCGCAAGAUCAAGAGCAAGUCUCCAUCGCACUCCGCUUCCGGUUCGUCUGAUUCUUCACGAUCUUCCGGCCUUGCACCUGCUUCGCGCAGGAGAGGCAGAGCCGCUACCAACCUGAGCAACGGCUCCAGCAACGGCUCCAGCACUGGAUCACAGACGUCCAACGGCGCGCACAAGUCCAAUGCUUCUCUCAAGCCAGAGACUGCUGGUCAAAUGACAGAGUCCACAGGCGACGGAAGCGACUCGAGCGAGCCCAUGUCGCGGGAUCACUCGAGAGCGUCUGGAUCGACGCUUGAUGCGCGCUCAGACACGACAGCUGACACGUCUGCGAGGCCCUCGAUGGACCGCAGCGAGCCCUUGAACUUCGACGAGCUUGGUCCUAUGCCUCAUACGGCUCCCGUCAACGGCUCUUUCGGUAGAGACAGGAGCGCUAGUGCUGCUCCUCAGUACUCUCAAACUCAGCAACAGCAACAGCAGCAAGGUUCAGCGAACUCGAUCGCGCGUCGAGGUAGUGAUGGACCUGAGCUUUCUUCAUCGGCCCCCGCCAUGGGUCGCGCCCGUGCGGGAAGCAGCGCAUUUGCGUCCAUGCAGCAGGCCGGAAGCGCACCUUCCCCGACAUUGUCAUCAGGGCCAAGACCUGCGUCAGGCGAUCAAAGCUUUGUGGAGCCCGACUACGGGCCUAACGACAUCAUUUUCAACUCUGAAAAUCAAGUCACUGGUGCCACUUUGUCUGCUCUCGUCGAGCGCAUGACACCCCACGACACUACUAUUGACGCGACCUUUGCGACGGCCUUUUUCCUCUGCUUCCGCCUCUUCACGACACCAAUGGAGCUCUUGGAGACACUCGAAGCCCGGUACAACAUGAGGCCGUCUGCGAAGGUGGAACUAGAUGCAGAUGAAUACACGCGCUGGAUGGAGAUCAAGGUGGCACCCGUUAGACUUCGCGUGUUCAACUUUUUCAAGACUUGGCUCGAAGCGCACUGGAACCCGCCAACGGACUUUGUCAUCCUCAAUCGCCUCAUCGACUUCAUUCGUACUUCCAUGACGCACUCGCUCCACCGCCCUGGUCAGAGACUCGCAGAACUGGCUCUCAAGCGUCAGGCGGCCGGAGACAGCCCCGCUGGCAAGCAGAUCAGCUUCCCCACUGCAGCCACGGUCAAGCUGCCUUCGAAGAACCACCCGGCAUCCCUCAAGCGGAUGGUGUCAACGGACCGAGUCAAAUCGGUCGGCGUCAACGGUGGUGCUACGAUGAGCGCCCUCUCUAGUGGUGGUAUGCCUUCGCCCCUGUCGGAGGUGCCGAGCAUGUACUCCACCAGCUCGAUGGGCAGAACAUCUUCGGGUGGACCGGCACCAACGCCCAUCGUAAGCAAGGCGCUUUUGAAUCAGCUGCGCGUCACGCCUCUCCCGCGCAUCAACAUUAUCGAAUUUGACGCUACGGAGCUCGCGAGGCAGCUGACGAUCUUGGAAAGCAAGAUCUACUGCUCCAUCCAGCCAGAGGAGCUCAUCGGUCAGGAGUUCAGCAAAAAGGCCGGUGUCAGCUGCGCGGUCAAUGUCAAGAGCAUGAGCUCGCUGAGCACCCACAUCACGGGCUGGAUCAGCGAGUGCAUCCUCGGUGAAUUUGACGCUCGAAAGCGAACACAGUUGAUCAAGUUCUUCGUCAAACUUGGUGAUCGAUGCUUGGUGUUGAACAACUUCAACACCCUCAUGGCCAUCCAGUGCGCUCUCAAUUCGUCUACAAUCGCUCGUCUGAAGAAGACAUGGGACGGCCUUCCGACAAAGUACAGAGGCAUGCUCGAGCAGCAGCGUCGAGCCACAGAGCACACGCGCAACUUUGCCGCCUACCGCCAGAGACUCCGGGCCACUCUGGCACCUGCAUUGCCCUUUGUCGGCCUCUUCUUGACCGACCUGACGUUCUGCCACGAGGGCAACUCUGCUACUCGGCUCCAUCCUGCAGACCCACAACGCAAGCUGCUCAACUUUGACAAGUAUGUCAAGAUGAGCCGCAUCGUCGGCGAGCUUCGGCGUUUCCAAAUGCCAUACAACCUCGUCGAGGUGCCGGAGAUCCAGGCGUACCUGCACGCCAUCCUUGAUGACGUCCAGAAUGGCAAGGGGGCAGGCUCGGCAGACGAUCUCUACCGCAAGUCGCUCAUGCUCGAACCUCGGUCCACGUCUUCUUCUCACCAGCAUGAGAUGCCGCCAUCAGCCGCGACGAUUGCGAGCCGAUCACAGGAGUCGGGGAACAACAAGCUGGGUCUUGACAUUUUCAACUGGAAAUAGUUAUCUGCCGUUCCUCCUUCUCAGCUUCCUCAUCACUUUCUUUUAGCAUUUCUCCUUGUCUCUAUCAGAUAUUCAUUUUCCUUU